GGGUCCCGGGAGGAGAGGGUCCGGGUCCUGGGGGGAGAUGCCCGCCAUCUGUAGCAGAGCCACCUUCCUCUGGGGCAGGAGUACGCUGCUCCUCGUGGGCCCCAUCUGCCUCCUGCUGCCUUUAGCUAUCGCCGGGCGCAGCUCCGAAGCCUAUUGUGGAUUUAUCGUGAUCUUGAUGGCUGUAUAUUGGUGCACUGAAGUCAUCCCAUUGGCUGUCACGGCCCUCCUUCCCAUCUUACUCUUCCCACUAUUUGGAAUCAUGCCGUCGAAACAAGUGUGUAUGCAGUACCUGCAGGAUACCAGCGCCUUCUUCAUUGGAGGGUUAAUGGUGGCCACAGCGAUUGAACACUGGCAUCUUCACAAACGGAUCGCCCUGAGAACCCUCAUGCUUCUGGGUGUCAAACCAGCUCUGUUAAUGUUGGGGUUCAUGGCUGUGACAUCAUUCCUAUCAAUGUGGAUCAGUAACACAGCCACGACAGCGAUGAUGAUCCCCAUCAUAGAGGCAGUGCUGGAGCAGCUCAGCAGCACUGAUGUGGAGGCAGAACAAACCGAUUUGGAAAGUGGAGGGCCAACCAAUGACUUGGAACUGGAGACAAAGAGCUCCAAAAAUGAACUGGACUCGUCAGGUCUCUGAUACAUUCACUCUCCCAAUGGGGUCUCUUCAGCCACAUCUCAGAGGUUACUUGCUCCCAGGCCCCA